AUGGCCAGUACUAAAAAAACAGAAAAUGAUACCGAGAUGAUGAAUGACUGGCUAAAUUCUAUACAAACAUUGUUAAAAUCGGUAGACCACGAUUACAUUCAAUCAUGUAGCAUAUCCAUAGUUCCUGAAGAACUUAAAAACUCAUUGAACGAAGAAGCUUACAUGCCAAGGGUGGUAUCAAUCGGACCAAGAUUCAAAGGAAGCAGAGAAGAUUUACUUCUAAUGGAAGAAGUCAAAUUGCGCUCCAUGUUGUCUCUCUUACACCGAGCAGGAAAAGAAGGUGAAUCCAAAACAUACUUAGAAAAAUGCAGCAAAGCGAUAUGGGAAUUAGAUAAACUAGUUCGAGCGAGUUAUGUGUCCGACAUCAAACUGGAAAAACAUGAACUUGCCAAGAUUAUGUUGGUUGAUGGUUGUUUUCUGUUAGAGCUUGUGAUUACAAAAGGGUUCGGUUCUGAACUACCAAGUCGUUUGAAUUCACAUUGUCCUGCACCUGAAGUACUAAAAGACGAAGAUGUUUUGUCUGAUCUAAUGUUGUUGGAAAAUCAAAUACCAAUUUUAGUACUUCACAAGUUGUCUCAAAUUCUUUUCCCAAAUGUUUUUGACUCAACAGAUCGGGUACAGAGGGCAACCAAGAUUAAUAAUCUUAUCCUGUCUAUCUUAUCCUAUCCUGAGGUUUCGAAUCUUUCAAAUCUCGAAGCUCCUCACAUUCUUGAUUUGGUUCACUUUUUUGUUAACAGUAGGAGGCAAAGUGAGAGUGAAAGUGAUAGUGAAAUUGAGAGUAAUGAUAAUCAUAUAGUAGGCAUUACUGAGAAAAAUCAAAAGUUGAAGUUGGAAUUGAAGAGAUGUGCUUCGAGACUACUCGCUGCAGGGGUAAGUAUCAAAGUUAUUGAAGAUGAUAAAGAUAGCAGAAUAUCUUCUUGCUUUAGUUUGAUAAGAAAUUUUUUUGGUGGUGUAUUUAUUAAGUUUGGUAAAAUGCUUGUUGUGAGUAAAGAAAUCGAUAAACAAGUCGAUGCAACGGUUGUUGAUGGAGAAGUGAGAGGUUUGGAUUUCGAGUUUAAGUUUGAGAAUGGGAAAUUUGAAAUUGCACAAUUGCAUAUUACAAAAACUACGAAAGCAAAGUGGUGCAAUGUAAUUGCUUGGGAGCAUCAUAAAAAGAAUUGGAAGAGUUCUUCUAUGGAUGGAUAUGAAAGUGGUGACGAGAACCAAAUCGGUACGAUUAAUCUUAGCGGAAAAUUCACUUUAUCUGCUUUGAUUUUCAAUGGUUUGAUUUGUUGUGAAGCUGAUGUGAAGCUUCUCAAGGAAAAGAAUAUCAUUGUAGAUCAUUUGAAGAUGAACAAUGAGGAGUUGCAAGAUUUUUUUCGUACGAUUUCGUUCGGAGUUGAUCGUGAGAUAGUUGAUUCUAGUUAUGUUAAAAUGGUUGAUGAGUUGAACAAUUACUCCGAGGCGUUUUUCAUCUUGAAAAUCUUUAAAAUAUUUCGCCAUCUCUGCAUGUAUCAUCUAGAAUGGGUUGUAAACUUUUUGAAACAAAACUACAACUUUGUAGCUGCACUGGUUGCUCUACUUAGUGUUGUGCAGACUGUUUAUGCAAUCCUAGACUAUUAUUUGAAAAAAUAA